CCACUACAGUCAGUUGAGUUUGAACUUUCGGUGCGUACGGACGGAUCCCCGUUAGCCGAGCGUGGUCGAGGCGUUGCGCGUCUGUUAGAAUUACAAUAUUUUUUGUUGAGUGAGUGUUGUUAUGUGUUGUCGUCAGCUAUCUACGCUUUUGGGCUUCAGGCCGCUCUCUUUCACUCCUUCGUGCGUGGGAUAACGAAGACGACAGCGAUUUCAACGACCGACGAAGGAAAGGUGUUCUCUCUUGACCAUUAGCUAGCUGUUCUCCACUUCAAGUUCGCCGAGGUGGGCCGUGUAUCGUGGCGCAUGUGUGUGUGUUUGUGUAGAUGUAUGGCUGAUGGAGUUCUGAUGAAUUAACAGCAGCCGCAGAAGAAUCCGUGUCUGUUCCAGCGCACAAUUCUCGGUGCCCAACGGAAUGAUAAGCGAAGAAAAAGCAACCUCAAAGCAGUAAAAGUUUUCCGCGGAUUUUUCGGCCGACGACCGAAAAACGGCUGUUGCCCCACACUUCAGCGCUUCAGGGGGGAAAAACGGGCAAUCCAAUUAAGGUUUGGUUCUGUGCAACGUGUACCCAACUGAGAGGUGUGCGAAAGAAGUGUUUGUGGUGUGUUGUUCUGUGUGUUGACCUGUGCGCGGAGUAGUUGACGGAGUUUCUCAAUGAGGUUCCUAUAGCAGUGCUGCAACUCCUACAAGAAGCAAAACGCAAACAUGGGCAUCAAUUUGCUACUGGCUCCAACGAUUGGAGUAUUUCUAAUACUAGUGCUAUGCCCUCCGCGGACCACAUCGAUCCAGGUCGAGAAGGAAGCCUACUUCAACGGGUCAGCGUACCUGCGGCUGAAAACGCCAAUGACCCUGUGGAGCCAUUCGGCGAUUAGCUUUAAAACCUGCCGAGGUGGAGAAAUCCUAUCCCAGCGAUAUGCGGGUCAUGCACUGUUGGUGUCGGUGCUGCCGGAUUCAGUUUCCAUAGUGCUGUCGGCUCCAAGCACCCAGCCAAUCGAGGCACGCGUUCCGGGUCGCUACCUGGACAAUCGGUGGCAUACGCUACAGUUUGUGUACCAAUUGGGAACUUUGUACUGCCUCAUCGAUAAGCAGCCGACGACGAUCGCCAACCAAACCUACAAUGCUCAGCUGAUUCUGGAUCAGGAGAUUAAGAACGAAGCUGCCGUGUUGAUUCUGGGCAAACAGUAUUCGGGAUGUUUGCUGCACGGUCCGGGGCUAGUGUUCAAUUCCAGCGCCAUGAAUGCCGAAGCCGUAGUAUUUGGUCCGUGUCCCUUGGCCCCGGGACUUUGUGCUGAUCAUGACAUCCUCACAGGUGUGCCACCAGACUAUUGUUCACAUGAUCCUUGCAUGCAACAUGGGACAUGUAUUUCAAGGUCCGAUGGAUACGAAUGCCACUGUACUGCUAGGUUUAAGGGAAAGAACUGUGAAGUCGAUACCGGACCCCCUUGUCAGUCGUAUCCUUGUCAGCAUGGUGCCACUUGCACAGAAGAUUCCAAAGGAGACUACAAAUGCACGUGUGCUCCUGGAUAUACCGGAACACUUUGUGAGACCGAACUGAGCGUUCAUCCGUUGUGUGAAAAGAACCCAUGUAUCAAUAACGGAACAUGUCGAGUUCCUCCCGGAACAAACUCCUACGAAUGUCAAUGCUUAACGGGAUUUAUUGGAACGAGGUGCGAAAUAAACUGGGACGAUUGUAAGCCUAAUCUAUGUUUGAAUGGAGGACGAUGCGUCGAUGGAGUAGACGCAUUCACUUGCGACUGUACGGGAACUGGAUAUGGAGGAACUCUGUGCCAAAAUAAUAUAGAUGAGUGCCUGGUAAACCCCUGUCAAAAUGGUGGAACUUGUUUCGACACCUACGGAUCAUACCUAUGCGAAUGUGCCACGGGUUUCACCGGUGCCAACUGCCAGCUGAGCUUUAACGAAUGCAAGUCCCAACCAUGUCAACACGGCGGAACCUGCAUUGACACUCAAGAUGGAUUCGAAUGCCGUUGUCCCCCAGGCUAUGCGGGAUUGUAUUGUGAACUCGAACCUGGUUGUGGCCAGUGUCCCAUCGAUUCGGACUGCAUCGCUGGACGAUGUGUUUGUAAACCAGGUACUACGGGCUCGGCUGGCCACUGCGUAGAGCAGAACGCCGCCGGCACUAGCUCGAACGCCCAAAAAACGGCCACCAAUGCAUGUUCAGAGUAUUGCUUCAACGGCGCCAGUUGCGUGUUUGCCACCGCUGCCGGCCUCCGGGUCGCUAGUGCCAACAGCAGAAAUUUCACUUGCAUUUGCGCUACCGGAUUCACAGGUUCCCGUUGCGAAUCUCCGAUCGCAUUGCCCUACUCGGAUGAGUGCAAUUGCCUCAAUGGAGGAAGCUGCACUCCGAAUAGCUCCACCUGCAUCUGUCCUCAAGGUUUCGAUGGGCCCCGUUGUGAAGUGGCGGCAGUCUGCGCACCAUCCAACUGCCAGGAACCUUUCCGGUGUAUCGCUGGAAAGUGCCAGUGUCCCGAUAACAUCAACUGUGAUAACGUGUGUGCUUCGAAUCCGUGUCUACACAACGGAUCGUGUUACCCCCAAGGCCAGGACUACGUGUGCAAAUGUCCUCCCGGCUUCGAAGGCAAGCGAUGUGAAAACGAUAUCGAUGAGUGCAAGACCAAGGAUAAGAUCUGUGUGAACGGUAUCUGCCAGAAUACGCCCGGUUCGUUCAGGUGCUUCUGCACGCCGGGCUAUACCGGUUUGAAUUGCGAUCUGGAUGUGGACGAGUGCUUGAGCCAUCCGUGCAAGAAUAACGCUCAAUGCGUGAACAAGGAAAACGAUUUCGAGUGUAUAUGUCCGCCGGGUUAUAGUGGAAAAGACUGUAGUAUCGAUAUCGACGAAUGUGAGAGCAAUCCUUGUACGAAGGGUUCGACGUGUCGCGAUCGAGUUGCCAACUUCACGUGCGUGUGCAUUCCUGGUAUGACGGGACGGCUGUGCGAGAUUGAUAUCGACGAUUGUGAGUCCGCACCUUGCCAAAACGGAGGCCGCUGUAUCGAUCAGCUGGGAGGCUUCCUGUGCGAUUGCAACCAGACCGGCUUCUCGGGAUCGUACUGCCAGCACAACAUCAACGAGUGUGAUUCGAACCCGUGCUCCAACGGUGCUCAGUGUGUAGAUAAGAUAAACGACUACCAGUGCAAGUGCUAUCCGGGCUACACUGGUAAAAACUGCGAAGAGGACAUCGAUGAGUGCGAAUCCAAUCCGUGCCAGCACUCCGGAAAGUGCUUGCAGCGAUCGAACGUUACGCUGUACUAUCUGAACAACUAUCCCAAGAAUCUGCCGGCCAUAUUCUCGCAGCAGUUUUCGUUCGAAAAUGCUAGCGGAUACGAGUGCAUCUGCGUUCCUGGUACGGUGGGCAAGAACUGUGAAAUCAAUAUCAACGAGUGCGACAGUAGUCCUUGCAAGAACGGUGUCUGUGUUGAUGGGAUUGGUAACUAUACGUGCGAUUGUGAACCAGGCUUCGAAGGAGCACACUGUGAAACGGACAUCGACGAGUGCUUGAAGUACAAACCGUGCGUCCAUGGAACGUGCAUGGAUGGACGCAACAACUACAACUGUGACUGUGAUGAAUUGUGGGGUGGGAAAAAUUGUUCGGUUAGACUGACGGGUUGCGUUAACGAACCGUGUUUGAACGGAGGAGGUUGCAUACCUUACUUGGAGAACGAGACUCAGCACAAAUUCAACUGCUCCUGCAAACAAGGUUUCCAGGGAAUGACUUGCGAUACGGUAACGACAAUGUCCUUGGCAGCUAGCAGUUUACUAAUCGUUAACACUUCUCGAGAUGAAGGCUACGAUAUACAAUUAAGAUUUAAGACAACUUUGCCAAAUGGAAUUCUGGCUUUUGGUAACGGAGCUACCUCAUACAUUUUGGUUCUUAACAACGGUCGACUGAACUUGCAUUCAGCUUUGCUGAAUAGGUGGGAAGGUGUCUUCAUUGGAUCUGGACUUAACGACAGUAAAUGGCAGAAAGUGUUCGUUGCAAUCAAUUCGUCCCACUUGGUUCUAUCCGCCAACGAAGAGCAAACGAUCUACCCAAUCAACUCUUAUGAAGGAACCAAUGGCAGCAACACUUCCUUUCCAAUCACAUAUCUAGGAGGUACCACCCCUACACUUGCUCAACCUUAUCUAAAACACAUAGCUAGGGCAGUUUCAAGCUUCGUCGGUUGCAUGGAAGACGUUGUGAUUAACGGCCAGUGGGUUUUACCUGGUAGAGAGCAAGAAUUCACAACACUUCAUAACAUCGAUACGGGUUGUCCGAGAACUCCUCAGUGUGAACCGAACCCUUGCAACUCCAAUGGUCUUUGUACCGAUUUAUGGCACACAUUCUCCUGUAGCUGUCAGCGACCGCAUCUUGGACACACCUGUAAAUACAAUAUCACAGCAGCAACCUUCGGACACGAAAACACCACUAGAUCGGCCGUUAAGGUUAUCGUGAGUGAUACAGCUCGUAGAGCGAUACGAUCCGUUUUGGAUAUUUCGAUGUUCAUUCGAACCCGACAAGCAGCAGGAACGGUAUUCUAUCUAGGAAGUGAUCCAAACAUGAACAGUACACCAGGAGAUGAUUCCUACGUGGCCGCUUACUUAUCAAAAGGUGAAUUGUUGGUGCGAAUGAUUUUCAACGACACUCCAGAAGGGUACACAGUGGGCGGUAACAAGCUAGACAAUGGGUAUCUACACUUGAUAGAAGUCAUUCGGAACUCGACACUAGUGCAGGUCAAGCUGAAUGGAACCGAAUACUUCCGAAAGACACUCUCCUCGUCCGGACAACUGAAUGCUCAGGUCUUGUACCUGGGAGGACCUCCGCCAUAUGCCGAUUCCAUAUACAGCUUGUACAAGGACGAAUCAGAGAAAACACCAUUUAAGGGAAUCAUUCAGGAUGUUCAGGUUUCGAACGGGUCGCAUGCAAUGAUCGUCGAACUGUAUCCGCUGAACGAAGAAGGAUUGGUUCUGCCACCACCUUUCGGAGAAGUUACCAUCGAUCGUACCUCGGUCCUGGAAGGUGUCGUCACGGAUGAUCUGUGCCGAACUCAACCCUGCAAGCACGAUGCCAUAUGUGCCAACACAUGGAACGAUUUCGUGUGUACCUGCCCGCGAGGAUACAAGGGCAAACUCUGUCAGGAGAUUCAGUUCUGCGAGCUGCAGAAGUGUCCUUCCAACGCCACGUGCCAAAAUUUGGACACCGGCUACGAGUGCAUCUCCAAUAUGACUUUCCACGAUGACAACGAACCGCUUAAGUUUGUCUUCAACGCAGGCAACGACCAGCAACCGUACACCAAGGAUACCAACAUGGACACCAUUGAGAUCUCCUACAGGACCAAAUUCGGCGGAACGUUGCUGUACGUUCAGGAGAGCGAUAUGUACUUUGAGAUUUCGACGAUCAACAAGUUGGUGACUAUUUCCUGGAAGCUCACGCUGGAUUUGCCACUGAACAACCGAUUUGAGUACGACGAGGAUGACAACUACGGAUGGCAUACAAUUUUCAUCAAGGUUUCCAACAAUGGGAAACUGGAAGCCGGCUGGAAGGGCUGGGAGACGAUGAUUGAUCCACAGCCCCCUAUUUCCGUGGACAUCGACUAUUUAGCAUACAAGCAUCUCUUCUCUGGAAAACACUACAUCUACCUGGGGGGUAUGCCUGCCAUGUCACACAUCGAGAAUAAUUCCAUAGUGAACGGCGGAAUCGACAAAGGUUCCACGUUCAAGGGAUGCCUAGGAGAAACGAGAGUUGGUGGUUAUCUGUUGCCGUAUUUCCCACAUGACGUCAUCUACCCGGAUACGUUCCAGUUCACUGGUCCCCAUUUCAAUCUCAACUCCAGUCAACCAGAAGAGGGUUGCAUUCUCUGUUUCCAACAGUCUUGUAAAAAUGGAGGCGUCUGCAGCAAUCCAUCGGAGAAGUAUGCCUGCGAUUGCCCUGCCGGAUACGACAGCGACGACUGUUCGCAGAAUAUAGACGAAUGUCUGACGGCCAAUUGUACGAACAACUCGACCUGUAUUGACGGAGUUGCUAGCUUCACCUGUCAGUGCCUGGAAGGCUACGAAGGCGAUCUCUGUGAGUUCGAAAUCGACGAGUGCAUGUCCAGCCCUUGUCGCAAUGGUGGCUCGUGCACGGAUCUGGUGGCUGGAUUUUCGUGUGAAUGUACCGAAGAGUAUGCUGGAGCGCAGUGUGAAGUAUUCCGAUUGGUAACCUGCGAGAAUCUACCCUGCAAGAACGGGUCAAUCUGUAUUGAUGGCUUCAAUUCUACCACGGGCAAUAAUUUUACAUGUUCUUGCAAAACCGGAUUCUCCGGCGCAUUGUGCGAUAUUCCAUUCUGUCAAUUGGAGGAAUGCCAAAAUGGCGCCAUUUGCAUGACGAACGACGAAAAUGUUCCUGUGUGUCGCUGCAUCCCCGGCUACACGGGACGUUUAUGCGAAAUCGAAAUCGACGAGUGCGAAUCGAUGCCGUGCUUCAACGGUGGACGGUGCAUCGAUUUCAUCAACGACUACAAAUGUAACUGCACCGGGACAGGCUUCGAGGGGAAGAACUGCGAGAUCGACAUCGAUGAGUGCUACGAGCUGAGGAUAAACUGCGGCGGACGAGGGUCUUGCAUCAACACGAGGGGUUCCUUCAAGUGUCAAUGCGACGAAGGUAUGUGCGGUAAGGAGUGUGCCCAGGUCGAUCCCUGCAUACAGAACCCGAACUUGUGCCAAAACGGAGGCGAAUGCAUCGAAGAUUGUGAUAAAGAGCACAGAUAUUACUGCAACUGUACGGUCGGGUUCACGGGAAUCAACUGUUCCGAACAGGCUACGCUAGAGGCUGAGGGAGCAUCUGGUGCGGACAUCGCUCUCAUCGUGGUACCGGUAGUAAUCGGUAUCCUGGCGAUAGCGGGCGCCCUGAUCGGAGCAUUCCUGGUGACGGCGCGUAACAAGCGGGCUACCCGAGGAACGUACAGCCCGAGCGCCCAAGAGUACUGCAAUCCAAGACUGGAAAUGGACAACGUGUUGAAACCGCCACCCGAAGAGCGACUGAUCUAGACCAAACUGGUUUUGCAUGUUUCCUUGUUCUACCUUUAGAUACUUUGUAAACUUUGUUUUGUCGAAAUUCAAACCGACAGGAGAGCAACAUCUCCUUCCAAUGGGUACACACACCAAACCGUUCCGGUAUCGUUUGUAGAUAUGUGGAAAUAUUAUGAUCUUGUUGAAGGCACGUGCCCAUCCGUUUGUUGGUUACAUUAUAUUGUGAAUAGAAACAAAUCUUUUACUCAACGUAGGUUAAGCUAAAACUAACUUAAUUUGCCCACCCUCCGUGUGGUGUGGGAUGGUGAAACUAAACCUACUUUGCAAUUGACACCACCUGUGAAGAGAGGAAGCUAGUUAGGUCAAACUAACUGAAUGCGAACUGGUGUGUUUUACUCAAUUCAAAUAAGUUCAAGCGAACAAAAGAAAGGCGCGAGAAAAUCAUUUUAAUUAUUACAUAGAGAAGACAUAUUGUGAUAUAAAUCCUACCCUCUAGAUACAGUACGAUAAGAUAAAGAAUAUUUUAACAUAAAACAAAGCACUUUCUUCAGGAGAAUGAAUCUUUUAACCUAAAUGAAAUUUAAACUUUCCUUCGAGCUUACGGGAAUUUUACAAACUCCGUCCAUUAGUCUGUGACCCUAGUAAGCAUGCAUGAACAAAACAAGAAUAUGUUUGAAGAUAUCUAAAUUCAAGUGCCGUAUUUUCCUUGGGAAAACAGUCCAACUGAACUGACUACAGCAUUCCAACAAUGUUUUGGAUUGCUUUUUUAUUUCUACCAGAAACUUUGAACACGCGGUGUUAGAAAAGCUUUUUUCCGUUUGCAACAGAUUCAUGAAGACAAACGUCACGGCGUUCUGAAGUUGUUAUCCAUCGAGAUGCCAAAUCUUCAAUCGACAAUGGAUUUCUCCAAAACCUAACACUGUCAAGAUCGAUUUCUCUUCAUCGAUCCUUUCAACUAGGUCAAAGCCAGGGUUAAAAUCAACAAUCAUGCGAGAGCUUUUAAUUUAUACAAUAAGGAAUGAUAAUUCACCGCACUGAACAAGAAGCGAUGAAGAGAAAUCGAUAAUAGCAGGCAAGCCCUGAGAAGUAAUCUAGGUCACAAAAAUCUGCAGUAACAUUACAUAACAUCUUAAAAAAACAUGCUUUAAGUAACGCACGACCUAAUUAUUUAUGUUUCAAGCCCUUUGCUGCCGACUGACAUUCCUGAAGCGAAACGAUGAUAGAACAUGCCUUAUUUUUAAAACUAUCUUUUAGUGGAAGUAGUAAUGUAAGCAAAUAAUAAUCUGAAUUCUGUCAUUCAGAAGGCCUCCCUACUAGAAAAUCAUGUAUUUGGAUGCAUUGAAGAGGCAAGGAAGAAGCGAAAGGAAACCGUUGCAGGUUAGCUUCUGUGAGCUGUUUGAGCUAUAUGGUCAGCAAAAUGCGAAUAUUUUCUAAACUUUCUUCAUCUUCUUUUUGAACGUUAGCAGAAGGCGGACAGAUACUAUUUUGUAAAGUAGAUCGUAGAACGUAUAUUUUUAGAUCUAUGCCUGCAGCGCUGCUAGGAUAAUGUAAAAUAAAACCUAUUUAAUUAAAUGAGA